CAGGAUUAUCCACCCCGGGAGAGCCAGAUGUAAGAGAGAACACGCUUCGUUUCUGAUCAGGCCUGACAAGAGGCGUGGCCGGCCGGGGCGUGGCUUCGAGUUCCGCACUUGCAGGGUGGCAUCCAGCUGGGCGCACGCGCAUUUCGCGAGGAGGUGCGACCUGGAACUAUGGCGACUGCAGCGGUCCACCCUGCGUCCCUGCGACUGCGGCUGCUCCUCUCGCCCCUGAAGUCCAGGAUCCGGGUGCCCCAGGCUGCAGCCGCCUUCGGCACUUCAGUGACUUCUGCCAAGGUGGCUGUGAAUGGCGUUCACCUGCAUUACCAGCGAACAGGAGAAGGGGAGCAUGCAGUUCUUCUGCUUCCCGGGAUGUUGGGAAGUGGAAGCACGGACUUUGCACCACAGCUUCAGAGCCUAAAUAAGAAGCGCUUCACAGUGGUGGCCUGGGACCCUCGAGGAUAUGGACAGUCCAGACCCCCAGAUCGAGACUUCCCACGGGACUUUUUUGAAAGGGAUGCAAAGGAUGCUAUUGACUUGAUGAAGGCGCUGCAGUUCAAGCAGGUCUCCCUCCUGGGCUGGAGUGACGGGGGCAUCACGGCACUCGUUGCUGCUGCGAAGUACCCAUCUUACGUCCGCAAGAUGGUGAUCUGGGGAGCCAAUGCCUAUGUCACUGAGGAAGACGUCAGGAUUUACCAGGGUAUCCGAGAUGUUUCUAAAUGGAGUGAGAAGACAAGGAAACCUCUGGAAGCCCUAUACGGAUAUGACUACUUUGCCAAAACCUGUGAGAAGUGGGUGGAUGGCAUAAACCAGUUUAAACAUCUGCCAGACGGUAACAUCUGUCGGCACUUGCUGCCCCUGGUCCAGUGCCCAACCCUCAUCGUGCACGGGGAGAAGGACCCAUUGGUCCCACGAUUUCAUGCUGACUUCCUUCACGAGCAUGUGAAAGGGUCACGGACUUUCUCAAAAGCAUGAUCAAUAAAAGAAGACAUUCCGUUUCUGUUAUGGGCCACCAGGUUUGCAUGGCUUCGGAGGUCUGCCAUUGAAGGAUGAGGAAAAGGUCUGAGUAGCCUGUUGCUGUCCCGUUUCAUGAUGGACAAGAGCCCCUCACAAAGAAUCAGCUGCUCUUUUGGUUUCCCGAGAAAGCAGAGAUGCAUACGGUCCUCCUGGCCGACUUAUUGGUUCAGAACAUAUUGAGGAUCUUGUCACAUUCAUUCAGAGUAAAGAUGCGAGAGCACAUUCAUUAUGGCCUUGUCACUAGUGGACAGCUCUCACAGCUUCAUUUGAAAGCUGAAAAUAGUGAGACUGGAGACAAAAUGGUGCCAGUGAGAUCAGUGUCUCAUGCCACCAUGACUGAGAGGGGCUGGAUCAGCAGAGCUGAGAUGACCACUGGGUUUAUACCAAAUUUCACAGCCUCUUCCUAAGAGAUCUAGACUUUCCAAAGAUGCCUCGUGCUAUAGGACUCCUCCCCUGCAAAUAGGAACUUUAAACCGAUAGGGCUCCUUCACGAUGUUGCAUGAAUCCUAAAUGGUCUUAUAAUAAAAACCCAGAGCCAGAUAUUAGGGUAAAUGCUAAAAGAC